AUGGCGUCGAACGUUUUGGAUCACCUAGAGAAGGAAAGUGAAGCCAAAGAAGAAAAGGGAGCUGCCGGCACGUCUCCUGACUUUUUGGAGAGCCCACCUCGAAAGGCGAAGAGCCACCGUCUCCUUCGUCUCGGCGGGGAGGAAGACCACGGGGAGGAGGAAGCUGGGCCGCUGCCGAGGGAAUUCCCGUCCUACCUGGGAGCGCUGACCGGCCGGGAGAAGGUGGCGCUGUAUUGCGACGACCUCUUGAAGGGUUGCAAGGCAGAGGAUGCCAAUGAAGCUGUGAGUAAGUAUCUUGUAGAAAAAUUGAAGAUGAAGGAAAAUUGGCUUGGAAUUUGGAAAACCAACCCAGAACUUUUUUUUGUCAAUUCUGAAGAGAUUCCCAUACCUUUUAUUGGAGUGCUUGUUGAGGUUACUUGUAAACUGCCCAGCAAUCCUUCAGCUAAUUUCAAUGUUUCUGUAUCUAUAGCUGAACCUUUUUCCUCUAAUAUUGCAAAUAUUCCAAAACAGUUAGUUGAUGAAAUAUUAGAAGAAAUGGACUAUUGUGUGCCUCUUUUAGAAGUAUAUCCUGUUGAAGGACAGGAUAGUGUAGUGUUUGAUAUAGCCAAGGCUUUAGAAAUCGUGAGAUUUUUCUAUGACUUUCUUUGGAGAGAUUGGGAUGAUGAUGAAAAUAGUGAGACCUAUGCUGCAUUAAUGGAAGAGAGAAUUAAAAUUUGGUGUGAUAUUCAGAAUGGAAUUAUUCCAGCUCCAAUUGCCCAUCGCUUUAGAAGAAAUUUGGAAAAAUACAAGACUAUGCAUUUGGAAUUAAUUCAAUACCAAAGUAACAUCAAAGAGGAGCCCACAGCAGAAGAAGCUGUUGAAUGUUGGAAAAAAUACUAUGAACUAAUAAUGCUGUGUGGCUUGUUGAAAAUAUGGGAAGAUUUACGUUUAAGAGCUCAUGGACCCCUGGCCCCAAGAAUACUGAAGCGUAGAAAAGGGCACAGGCAGGAUGGGGAAACUGUAACCUACAUUGUUGCAAAAACAGUAACAGCAGAAGUGGCUAAAGAAUUAUCCUCUGAUACAGUUGUUCAACAGAAUGAGAACCUAAACAUAGCUUUGGACCGCUGUUACAGUGGUGAUAAUGUGCUUAUUUUCCCUGGAGAAUAUAAAGCAGCAAACCUGUCCAUGUUAACUGAAGAUAUUAUUAUUAAAGGAGUUGGAAAACCAGAGGAAAUUGUGAUAGUUUCAGAACCUGCUAAUGAGAGUUUUGUAGUAUCUAGGGCUAAAAAUGUCAAAUUCAUGAAUAUUACAUUGCUUCAGCAAGGGACUGUUGAUGGGAUUAUUGUAGUUGAAUCUGGACACACAGUUGUGGAGAAUUGUAUAUUGAAGUGUGAAGGAACUGGUAUUUGUGUACUCAUCGGGGCUUCAUUGACAAUUACAAAUAGUGAAAUUACUGGAGCACAGGGAGCUGGUGUUGAGUUAUAUCCAGGAAGUGUGGCUAUCUUGGAGGAUAACAAAAUUCACCAUUGCAAUAACUUCAGAACGAGUGACUCUUCACGGGGUAGUCUUGGUGGAAUUAACAUAAAGGUCCUCCCUGCUCCUAAAGUAAAGAUGAAAAAUAACCAUAUUUACAGUAACAAUGGUUACGGAGUGACAAUUAUGAAGCCUUCUGAACAGCUGGGCACUACAGCAGAAGAAACAAUGGAAAGUGCUGCGGCAGGAGAUGGAGAAGAUUCUGUUUCUAAACUGAUGCAGGACCUGACCCUUCAGAUAAAUGCAAAUACACUGGAAGACAUUAAAGGCGUCAGCAUGGUUAACUGAAGCUGCAGGGUCUCAUGGUUAAGCUAUGUCCAGUAGCACAAGAUAAAAGUUUAUAUUAAAAAACAUUACUGUAUAACAAAUACUGUUAAAACAGCGGCUUUAUAAACAUUUCAUAGGUAAAGAGAAAGCUGAAAAGUGGU